AUGGCACAACAACAGAAUCCAACUGAUAUUCAACUGCCAUCGUUUUGGUCACUAAAUGGUCUCCAAGCUCGAUGGACUGAUCCUUUGUUCCGAAAAAUGUUAUGGAAUGUAUUCCUAUUGGCAUGUUCAUGGAGUCUUGGUCAAGCUAUAAAUUAUAUUCAAAUAAGCACGACCACGGUGGCGGCUACAAGUUUUACCAAUUCGAAUCUUGCGACGAUACCUAUCGGCUUAAUGCUUUUAAUUGGUACUGUUUUGUCUAUAUUUUUGCCCCGUGCUAUAGCUCGGUUUGGAUACCGACGACCUUUCUAUUUUGGCGCUCUAAUGGGUGCCAUCGGCGCUGGACUUAGCAUUGUGGCAGCAUGGCAUAAGCUCUAUUGGUUGUUGAUUGUGAGUGCUGGAUUUCUAGGUGGACAAUUGCCGUGUACAUUGUACUAUCGUCUGGUAGCAUUGCAGUUUUCGACGCAAGAAUUUGCUCCAAAAGCUAUGGCAAUGGUCAUAGCUGGUGGUUGUUUCUCUUCGAUACUAGGGUAG